CGACUGGAAACGACUCAAUGCUGGCUCGCCGCUAUAAUAAUGAUCGCCCGUUUUGGACUAUUUCUCUGCUUAUUAUUCGUUGCCAUACCAUUAGUCUUCGUGACUCGUCCGAGAAACCAUCACUCGGGUAAAGUACAUCAGUUGUCAUUUUAUUUUUAAGACUUUUCUGCUAGGUUAUAGAUUCACAAAUGAAUCUUUCAGUUCAUGUAAUCCGCAAACGGGUUAAAUGGUGUCGUAUUUUUCUCGUAAUACGAUCGAUGUAUAAAGGCUUAAUCCAUAUCAGCCAUACCUAAUACAUGAACUAUUUGGUGGUUAUCCCAUUAUUAUUUGGUGCUACGAUUUGUCUUAUUCAUAAGGGUCACUCUUCAUUUUUGAUUGAACUACUCAUUACAGCCCUCAAGAGGCUCGACAGCCAUUACAAAGAGGACGAUGGCGAUAAAGCUGCUCGAGCAAAGUUACUUUGGGAUCUCAUUUUAACAAGAACCAAAGUCAGACACAAAGAGAGCAGGCAGCCUCGUCCUUUGCGAAAGAGUUUGCAGGUGUACACUGUUCCACUUAAAGUUGGUAAGGCUAUAUCUGUACCUUUUAAAAGUGCUGUUAGAUGCUUAUUUAAUUAUUUGCUGCUUUUAAUGAAUUUUGAUGUUAUGUAGCUUAGGUAAAACAUUUAGGAAUGGACUGAUAUUUCCUGUAAACUAGGAAUCUGUUGGCAAAGAAAACUAAACUUUUUAGCUUUUUGAAUACCUUGAUCUUGACUACAGACAAGCGAGCGAUUUAUGCCCCCCCCCCCCUUCAACCCUUAAAAAUGGAUCAUGAGGUGAUGCAAAGCCCCUUGUUUCCCUCCGCGAAGCAAUUACCGUGUAUCCUUUCCCACGAAUCAAUGGGGAGUUAGCAUGAAUUUCCUAAUUCAUUCACAGAAACGAAAUCAUUGUCUGAAUAUACUCUACAAAUCCUUAAUUGCAGGUCUUUGCAAAGACCAGCAUCCAUUAUGUGGCUCCUACGCGUUAAACGGACUUUGUGAUUGGCCUGGACUCUUCCAAGACCUCCGCGACAUCCAUGAGACAUGCGCACUUUCAUGUGGAUACUGCAAAAAGUACGUCUGAACUUUUAUUUUAAGCUUCUAAGUAAUAAACAGCAAACAGUCUCUUUAGAUAGCGCUUUCUUAGAGACUUGCCCUAGCCUACAAACAACAUCGCUCGAUGGUGUAUAGUUAGGCAUAGCCAGGUUCCCCUAUAUGGUUUAAGAAUUGAUUUUCGGUUUUUUUGGAUGAAUGAUGCUCCUUGAUAUAUUUUUUAUGGAUGAGUGAUGCUAUUAUCAUUGUCAUUCUUAUUACUGCUAUAAGUAUAUUUACCAUAAUCACUAUCGUUAACAUGAUCAUCAUUAGUGGUAUUGUCAUCAACAACAAUAUAAUUAGUACUGUUCCAAUUAGCUCAAUUGAGUAUGUUUUUAGUAUUUGUUUAAUUUUUUUAUUGUUUCAUUUUAGGAACGUACGAAAUGGGGAGGUAGAUUUUGUUGGAGCUAACUGGAAUAACCCAUGAUCCCUUUGUGGUUCGGGUUUUUUUCCUUAGACUAGAAACACAAUGUAAGGGCUGAACGACGUCUACUAUGGCCGAGCCAAUCGAAUUGAUAUGUUUUAAUCUUAGCACCAUAAACCUAGGACGGGUUUCUUGAGACUUCAGUAAUUGUUAUCCUAACUGUGUGACCAAAGACAGCUCAGGCAAUCUUGGUAGUAUCUAAUUUUUCCUCAUUGUCCACAUUGUAGUUAAUGUUCAUCGAGGGAGAGAGAGAGAGAGAGAGAGAAAUAAAAAUCGCCAGGAUCGACAUCAUUUACCUAGGACUUAGUAACUUGUUUUGACUUCUUCAAAGCGCUUGAUCUCAUCAAGCGUUUAAUACGUUGUGGUAAAGAUAAGUAUGAAAUUAAACGAGAAAUAAAAGUAGCGUUUUUGACAAAGAAGCUUUUACAUUGUCAUUCCAAAAGAAAUAAAAAGAGGAAAAAAGAAGUAGGAAUUAUCUUUUGAGUUCUGGGAAAGUGAUACAUUGUACCUAUGAUGUCUGACCAACGUUUAUUCUGGUAUAUUAAUGUGUAGGUUAUGUUAUUGAAGAAUAAAGGAGUUUUAAAGUUGGCGGUAGUUAAUAAUUGAUGAAUAACUUUUAAGUGCAGACCACCAGUUGACUUGAAAAGGGUUUUGUUGGUCUUAUAUUGAGGUCUGAAUUAACGGGUCAAGUGUUCUUUACUUCCCACUUAAUUCUUCAACUAGCAUAAGUAAUUUUGAAGAUUGCUUAUCGCCGGGGAAAUUGAAUAUAACGUUAAAAUGACGAUGGCUCACGAGAAACAUAAUACCUGGUCCAUAUCGGUGGAUUUAAAAUGAGUCACUAUGGUGAAAAACGUCCACAUUUUAGAUAUUUCACCACAAAAGCACCAUGUUUCCAUUCUAUUUUUGGCGUACAUUUUUUUGUUGGAAGUUGUAGGCGGGAUACCAAGACCACCACAAUUUAAGGAUACUUCCGGUAUGUAUAUAUCCCGAUCAUUAUUUUGGGAUCUAGACAGCCCCUAGACUUACAUCAAAAGCAGUUACAUGACAAUUGAGUGAUAAGUUAUUUUUUCCAAGUCAUUUUUGUAACUCAAACUCAAUGAAAGCAAUAAAUAUCCCGGAACUCGAUGAUUUUAAUUAAUUUUUUUUUCGAAACAAAUUUAACGUAGUGUUACCGCUAGAUCUCUGAUCGAAAAACGCCUGAAACUGACGGAAUAGAUAUAAUAGUGGAUGUGCUUGUGUAUUACUGUUUCCUUAUUACAGAAUAAAUUUACUAAGCCUCGAGCGACAAGAAGAAAUCUUAAGUACAUAAGUUCACUGGGUUAUCCUUGCUUAAUGAUCAUUCUUUCAGUUGAAAGCAGUUUCAUUAAAAUAAUCUUAAAUUUAAAUAAAACUGUUGCAGAGUGAGACCAAUGAAGAAUAUGCGUACCCCUACGAGCUUCGUCCCACACUAGUGAGAAAUAAAAAUCUUGAUCCAUCUCCAGCGACCGAGCACAAACUCUGCCGUCUUAGUAUUUUACGUAAUAAUUUCUGGGUCAGCCAAACAUUCAUUGUAUCAGACGUGAUCAAUUGGAGAAACCAGUUCUUAGAGGGUGCCAAAUUCCAUUUGUGCAAAUUGAUUGUGAAAAGUAUUAAAGAAAAUACGUGAUUUUGGGAGAAAAUACGAAUCUUAUUUUUGUUACUGUAAGGAUUCAUAUCAUUACAUGAUACGUUUAUUAUGGCAAUGGUAUGAAAUCAAGUUAAUGAGGACAAAUAAUGGUAUAAGCAAAAAGAUUUCUUGGAUGGAAGCCUGAAAGGAAGGAGCAAGUGACUGCUUUAAGUCAUGGUAGAAUAAAAGUAUAUAAUGAAUCGAGAUGAAGCAGAAGCACAGGAGUUCCUCACUAAUAUAGUGAAAUUGAUCGUUUUCAGUUUCAUCGUCCUUUCAUCGUGAACGCAGAUGGUUAAUUGAAAAGGUACGUCCAUUAAACAUGACACCGUCCAGGGACAGCUUGAAGCACAAAAAAUACGUCCAACUUUGGAAAAUUAGACAGGCCCUCGCAACUGGAAGACACGAACCCUUUAAAAACUUAUCUAAAAGAUCCUCAGGUCGGGACUAUCUGGACAGGAUCGCGUCAUUCAUCAAAGAAAAGGAAGAUGCAUCGUUACGACCAGCUGGUAAGAAAAAAGAGUAAUUUCAGUUUAGUUAAACGAGGUGUUGAUUACAGUCGAACAGGAUAGGGGUAUGAAAUAGAUGAUUGUUAAAGUGAGGCAGGGUAGAGUGGAAGAUAGUACAAUAAGAGUAGAAUAAGACUUCAGAUAUCUGAAGGAACAUAUUAAAGCAAUAGGAGUUCAAAGGUAAAUUAUUGAGCGGUGAAAAAUUCUGAUUCUGUUCGUAAUAGAUGGUUUCUGAUCCAGACAUUGGAAAAACAUUCAUUUCUUCUUCUUCUUUCUCCUUUAAUUUUUUUUUUCCAUCAUCAUCUCCUUACAGCUCUUCUUCUUUUGUUAAUCAACUGCCUCGAAGACAGAUGAGAUUCAAGGUGUCGUAUUAUACGUAAAUGAUUUUCAUUAAGAAAAUUAUUCAAGGGUCGUUCGUCUUAAAGCCAAUUUCUUUAAUUAUUUCAGGCUCGGCAAAAGUGGUGUUCUUACUAGAUGGCUCAGGAAAAAUCGGCAAUGAAGACCUUAACUCGUACAGACUGUUUGUGAAAAAGGUGUAUAAAAACUUAAACAUUCCUACGAGAGGAAUUACGUUUGGGCUUCUAGAAUGUGGCAGUAGACGUUACACCCAGAGAAACAUCCUUCCCAGAAAAAUUCAAAAUUCCAAAGUACUUGACCUCACACUUGACAAGCUUAUCCCCGUAAGAGGAAGUUGCGAGUUGGGAAAGUCUCUUGAGAUCUUAAAUAAAAAUGUUUUCAUGAAAAUGCCAAGUGGUUCUCCAAAAGCCGUGGUGGUGGUCAUGGCUGGAAAAUCGGUAGAUGACGUUUCUAACGCGGCGAAAGAACUAAGCAGAUUAAGUGUGAGAGUCGUAACCAUAGGUGUGGGUGGUCAAGCAGAUAUGAAGCAGUUGGCAACCAUUGCUGAUUCACCACUCUACGCUUUCAAGGUUCCGGUUAUCAAGUAUUUGCCAGCAAUGUCCGGUACAGUGGUUGGAUUUUUAAAUGGAGGUACAUGCUUGUCUAGAGUAAGCCUGCGCUUUAAAAAUGGAAAUAAAGGAACAAAAGAGAGGAUGGCAAAAUCUGGGAUAUAUUAUUCUUAUUGACAUAUAACUAUUAUCAGCGAACUAGAAUCUGUGUAAUAUGUUAAAGUUCACACGGAAACCAGGUUGACAAUCAGACAUGGUUUGAUGCUACUCUGGUUUACAGAUUUAAUGAAUGUUACCAAAGAAGUUACGAUUCAUAGACCCAACGUUUUCGAUUAGACAUGAGUGUCGAAACGUUGGGUCUAUGAAUCGUAACUUACAUUACAUUGUGGUUAUCGUAACUUACAUUACAUUGUGUCAUUAAAUCUGUAAACCAGAGUAGCAUCAAACCAUGUCUUAGAAACUGUUUGUUCAUGAUUGACGUUUUCGCUUAAAAAGACCGUAAAAUAAAACAGAAGUAUAAAAGCUGUGCUGAAAAUUGUGUACAGUGUCUCCCAAAUCUCUUUGGUCAUAUUGCUCAGGUUAUGAAUGAUACUCAGCAGUUCUCACAUACUAAGAAAAAAAUGACAUAUUUCAAAAAUUGUUGUUUUUUUCCUUUCUGUCGAAUUUCUGUAUUUCCAUGAGCUUAUCUUUACUAAACUCGUGACUUUUAAUACUAUCAUGAGGUCUUUCUCCAACUCUUUUCAUGACCCCUGGCCCUAUAUUUAUACUUAUGUAUGUACGCACCAUUUCCUUUUGAAACAUUAUUUCCUUAUCUGUGUAACUCCACAGUGACCGACUCUAAGACGCUCAAUGCAAAUGUAGUUGUUUCUGAUCCGUCCGUCAUUCAAAAGGGAAAACAUAGUGGGUAUUACAAAGAAGAAAAUUCUUUAGAUGCCAACGAGAUCGAAGAGGCUCCCUACACAGAUAACGACUUAUUGCAAGGUCUUCCACCAAUUCUUGACCAAUUGGAUGGGGAUAAAUCAGGUUGGUUUGGUGAAACAGUAUUGUAAGUCAGGAAGGAGUAGUAGUGGAUCAAGAUAUGAAGAAAGGCUAAGUACUGAAUGCCACAUAAGUUCACCAUAUAUUGGAAGGCUUACUUUGACUUCUAGGGCGGUGGAAUGAAUUUCAUGCCCAGGUCCCACUUCAUUUUGGUAUCAAAACUUUUUAUUACUCAGUUAUGAUAUACACAGUUUGAGUUAAGAUGAUCAGUUUUACUUAUGUUUCCCGUUUUCUUAAAACUAAAGCAAUAGAUUCUUGGAUCUCCGCCUUGGGAGGUGACAGUACACAGCAUGAUUACUCAUAUCCGGGCCCAGGUGUUCAUCCUUCUCAAAGACCAUCAACCACAGGAAAUGUUGGCACACGACCCACACGUACUUCUUAUGAAGUGGGAACAACUCUUGCAGCCGCUCCCCUAAAUAAUUGGAAUGAUGGAGGAUUUGCAUUUAAUCCGACUUUAGCUGCAGAAAAUCCGCUCCAUAAUGUCAAUAGCAUUAAUGACAGCCCACAAAAUGAGCUCCAAGACUCAGUAAGUCAAGUUCCUAUGAACCCAUUACCAAAUAAUAAUGGGUCAGCAGGGCAGGCAUCGUCUGGUCAAACUGGUGGGAAGGUCACUACUCAAGGGUCUGGCACUAAUAGUGCAAUGAACCCGUCAAAUGCUUCUACAAAUGGAUCAGCGCAAGGCGGUGUUAGCCAGGGACAAGGAGCAACGGGUGAAGUUUCAGCCAGCCCUGCUACAGCAGCUAAUCCUAAUCCAGUUGGUGGCAAUCAAGGAAAUGGUAAACCCUCUGAAGGAUCACCAGGCAAUAAUGGGGCAGGCAGCUCCGUUACUUCAGAAAAUCCAAAUCAGAUGGGUGGAGGCCAGGUGAAAGGAGUUCCAGAAGAAGCCCCAGCUGUUUCCAGUGGCGCAGUCACUCCAGGUGCCACAGGUAAUCCAGAUAAGGCGGGUAGUAACCAAGUAUCAGGAUCAAUUCCCCAAACAACAACUGGCGGUGUGGCAAAUCCCAGUAGUUCUGGACCAGGAGGAAUAGGAGGGACAGGAGGAACAGGGGGGACAGGAGGAACUUCCGGAGGUGCUUCUAGUCCACCAGGUGUUACAAAAAUUACAAAUAAGAAUAUAAGUUUUAAAAUCCUCUUAAAAAUCAUAAUCAGGAAAAUAUCUAUUUGAUUGAUGAUAUUAUAAAAAUAAACUGAGCUAUUUUUAACUUAAAGACGGGUGAUUACCUCAUUUAAGGAAAAUUUUUGCAUUUCCCUAACACACAAGAGAUUUUGAGACACAACUCUUGAAUAUGUAAGAUGUAACUCCAAAACACAUGCUACUUAUUUCGGUAUAACUGAUCCUCGUUUGAAACGUAUUUUGCAUUUGUUACAACAGGUGUGGUACCAGUUAUUCAAACCCCGUUGUUAUCUAUACCAGUCCUUCCAAUUCAAACCAUUCCGAUCCAAGCACUUCCAUCAAUACAGACAGCAGGAUCAAGAAAUUCCCAAAAACUUCAGCCUCAGUCUCCAAAUAAUACAAACCAACGUGAGGGCAAUGGAGAAACCAUUCAGACUCCGACCCCAACAACUAGUAAAGCAGUUGCAGCUCCUAACGAAGGCAACCAAGAGGGUAAAAACAGAAAAGGGCCAGAGGCACCCCAUAACCCGUCAACUUCUCCAGGAAACCAAAAUCCCUCAGGUUCUGCCAACUCUAGACCAGAAAAAUCAGGAAAUGGUAGCAACCAAGCACCUAGUUCUUUAAAGCCAACGCCUGUGAAUAAAAGCUCGGCAAAGCUAGAACCUACGAGCGCGCCGGCAGAAACUUUAGCAAAAUCGGGAACCUCUGGAAAUCCAAAUCCCACCACUCCUCCUUUGGGUACAUCCAACAAAGAAGCGCACUCUGGAAAACCUGAUGGUUCGAAAAACAAACCAAUUUCUACGUCCGCAAUUAAGGGUGGUGCGCCUGAUGGCGAAUCUUCGCCCAAAAAACCAAGCAAUAAAGAGAGCAGCCAGUCACAUCAACAACAACCGAUUGUUUUAUGCCAAAUAGUUUGUGGACCUGGCUGUUGUCCACUCAUUUCAACAACAAAACCAACUGUACCGACUACGAAGGAAACAACUACUUUAAAGACCAAGGAAACAACAAAACCAACAAAAGAGGCUCCCCCUGAGGUGCUGGCAGGCCCACCUAUUCCUAUACAUUAUCCUCAGAGACCAGGGUGGUUCCCUCAGAACCUUGCUCCCUUACCCAUGCCCCCUAGCUCAUUACCAUUUGGAACUGAUCCUGGAUCAGUCUCAAUUCAUCCUCAAUCGAAUAUGUAUAUGACUCUUCCACCUGCAACAAGUGCUCCUAAAAUCAGCUCAUUUCGCAAAACAGACAAACACGACAUUUUUGCUGGUAAGAACUAAUUCAUUUAGAAAUAGUAUUAAAUCACUUUUCAUUCUGUUAAUGUUUUUGGUGAGUUUUUACUAUUGAGAUUAAUUAGUUAUUAAUAGUUUAGUUAUUAGUUAUUAAUAGUUAGUAAUUAUAUUCCUUAGUUAAAAAAAUUAGCUUUUAUUGUUAUUCACCACGAUGAAUAACCACAACCUUUUCUACGCAAUUAGUUACUGUUUUGUAGCAAAGAUGAAAAUUGACGUUGUUUAUAUCCACACCUACGUCGAUUAUUCAAUCCGUAGAUUACAACAUUAUGUCGCAGCAAAUAACGCGUAGACAAUUCAGGUCCUGCUGUCAUUGCAACAAUUCGUUAAACGAUCCUUUUACACCUACCAGAUAAGCAGAAGGUUCAUAAAUACUUUUGCGGCUAAACGUGUUUGUCCUUGUCCAGGUCAGUGUGAAGAUUACCACCCUGACUGUCCUUCUUUUCUCUUGAGUGGCCUGUGUGAUCAGCCCAAUCCUUUUUUAGAGGUAUUUAAUGUUCGUGAGGUUUGUAUGCGGUCGUGCGGCGUCUGCAACAGGUACGUUUGCAUGCAAAUAGCGUUUUAUUUAUUUAAUUUUUUCAUACUGCAGUUAAAGGUCCCAAUCUCGAAGAAUCCAUUAGGCAGUUAUGUCACAAAAAUUUCGAGAAAGCUUUGUUUAUGCUCUUCACCUAUGUAAUGUUGCUGUUCAUGGUAUAUGAAAACCUGUGAAACAGCCAAGUCUCAGGAAUUGAAAUAUGGCAUAGCUCCCUUUUUUUUUAUAUAUAUAUUCUUUGUUUAUACUUUUUCUUGCGUUGAUCUCCCACAGUUUCGUGAAACAUGGACAAAAAGAUACCUUUGACUUGCACAAAAAAGAAAAGAAGCCAGAGGAUAUUGGAUUUCCCGAGUACAGCAGAAAGUUUCUAAAACGUAACUUACGAGUAAUUCAUAUGCCUGAAGAGCUGCAGCGAUAA